AUGAGCGACAGCGGCAACGCAGCCGCUGGCCAGGCUCCGCCCAACGCGCUCGCUCAUCUCCUCGACCCUUCCAAACAGACGGUCCCCACUGUCGCUGCGUCCAACCCUUCCGAUACAGCCUCGGCCACCAUGGCCAUGGCAAGUACAGCCCACUCCCACAGCCCAGGGCAGCCCCCAGUAGCCGCCGCGACCGACGCCGCCGUCACUCGCGGCGAUGCAGCCAGCAGCGGCAGCACCUCCACCGCCGCCCCUGAUGCCGCCUCCGCUCGCGAACACCUGGCGCCAAAGAAUCCCACCCACGCGCUCGUCCACGAGGCAAACGUCCAGCCCGAACCGUCGCUCAGCGCAGGCCUCAGCAGCCCCUGCUAUGUCCACUCCUAUCUCGACAAGGGCGUCAAUCUCGGCGAAUCUCUCAAGAAGCAGCGGAGACGCCUGUCAAAGGACGCAAAGUCUCGUCACCGCUCCACCACCCGCUCCCAGCCGUCGCAGCGGCGCGCGCCAAAGACCGACCAAGAGGCGGGCGACACCACCUCUUCAUCCUGCUCCGAGGAGCCUCGCGACAUAGACCAAACCCCCAUGCCGCAGCCCACCUCGUCGGUCGGCAGCGCCAGCACCGCAUCCUAUUUUGAUCCCGCCACCUACGACGAACAGCGUAGCGGCGCCCCCUCGACGUCCAAGUCCGCAUCGGUCUCGAUCCCUGAGCAGCAGCAGCAGCAGCAGCAGCGACAGAGCGCCAGCGGCAGCGGCAGCGCAAGGGGCGCUCGCGAUGACGAGACGCUCUCGGGCAGCGAUGCUACGGCCACCGACGUCCGGGAUCGGCACGGGCAGGAUCAAGCCGCUGCACGGCCCAGGACCCCGAACAGCCUGAGCGACGAAGAUCUCGACUCGCUCGAUGGCCGCGACUCGUCGUACGACAGCUCCUACGGCUACGCCAGCAACGAGGACGACGACAAGGUGCGCAGCCUCACCCACCAGCUCGCCGAGACGGCCGUCGGCGUACGCGAGAUGAGCAAGCAGCUCGGCCGCGCCCGCGUCAAGUCGACCAUCCACAGCGUCCUCAUCAUCACAAAGGCGCGCGACAACCACCUCAUCAAGCUCACCCGCGAGCUGGCCAUCUGGCUCAUGACGACGCCGCGCAACGGCAAGGACACCGGCCUCGUCGUCUACGUCGACUCGCAACUGCAGAAGUCGAAGCGCUUCGACGCCGAGGGCAUCCGGCGCGACUAUCCCAAGCUCUUUGACAUGCGUCCCAAGCGCACCGCCAGCAUCUCGAGCUCGCUCUCCAGCGCCAGUGGCUACGACAGCAGCGGCAGCGGCUUCCCGCGUCAGGAGGGCAAACUGCGAUACUGGACCAGCGACAUGUGCAGCCGAUCUCCGCACCUCUUUGACUUUGUCGUGACGCUGGGCGGCGAUGGCACCGUCCUCUUCUGCUCGUGGCUCUUCCAGCGGAUCGUGCCACCCGUGCUGCCGUUCGCGCUCGGCUCGCUCGGCUUCUUGACCAACUUCGACUUUGCCCGCUACAAGGAGGUGAUGACCUCGGCCCUCGAUGACGGCAUCCGGGUCAACCUGCGGAUGCGUUUCACCGCCACAAUCUACCGCGCAACGCUGCCCAGUUCGUCGAGCGCCGACCGGUACCGCCGCCGUGCCAUCAAAUCUGGCAAGACCGGCGAGAUUAUUAUGCGCAACGUCAAGAACUGCGGGUGGGACGCCAUCGAGAGCCCUAACCCAUCGUCGGGCGAGCGGCCACGCUCACCGCAGAGCAGCGACCGGAGUGAUACCGAGCAAGAGGGCCCGCGGGACAACGAGACCAAGAAAGGCAAGAAGAAGAAGAAGAAGAAAUGCCGGGACAAGGAGAUCAUGUGCUUCAGCACGCGUCCCGUCGAGACGUUUGAGGUGCUCAACGACCUCGUCGUCGACCGCGGACCCAGCCCCUACGUCAGCUUGCUCGAGGUCUUUGGCGACGAGCACCACAUGACUACGGCUCAGGCCGACGGCCUUUGCAUCUCGACUCCGACAGGCUCGACGGCCUAUUCUCUCUCGGCCGGAGGAUCCCUUGUUCAUCCCGAGAUCCCUGCCAUCCUCAUCUCGCCCAUCUGCCCGCACACGCUGUCGUUCCGGCCCAUGCUGCUGCCAGACAGCAUGGAGCUGCGAAUCGCGGUGCCGUACAACUCGAGGAGCACGGCCUGGGCCAGCUUCGACGGGCGCGGCCGGGUCGAGUUGAAGCAGGGCGACCACAUCAAGGUCACGGCAUCUCGCUAUCCCUUCCCGACCGUCUGUGCCGAGAAUCAGUCGACCGAUUGGUUCUCGUCGAUCUCGCGGACGCUCAAGUGGAACGAGCGGCAGCGGCAAAAGUCGUUUGUCGUCGUCGAGGAGGGCCACGAUACCGGGCCCAAUGACGACAGCAAGGGCGGCCACAAGUCGGCCUCAAAGGGCGUUGCCUUUACCAAGCACGGCGUCGAUGAUGAUGAUGACGACGACGACGACGAUGACGAUUCGGGCAGCGGCAGCGACGACGACGAUGACGGCGAGGAAGAGGAAGAGGCAGAGCACUUUGACAUCGACGACACGAGCACGACGGUGACGAGGAGCAACAGCCCCAACCACUCUGGAGCAUCCACGCCUGCCGACCGGCGGAGGAGUGCAUCCGCAGGCGGCGGGCUAGGGUCGCUCUCGUCGCGGUCGAGCCCAGGCGGGCUGCUGAGCCGACGCACCUCGGGCAAUGGCGGACAGGGCGGCAUCCUCCCCACCAACGCCAACGGCGUUCCGAGACUCACGCCGCUCACGUCGGGCGGGCAUCACCACCACCAUCACCAGCACGGCUACGGCGGCCGCGACGGCAGCAGCCAGGCGGAUUCAAAGAGCCGGCCCGACUCGAUGCUCAACAGCCCGGACCGGUUUGCGAUCCAGGGCCCGCCGCUUCCACCCAAGGCCAUCAGCGAGCGCCACCUGCUCAACGCCGAUUUUCGGCUGGACGACCAGUCGACGUCGCGGGAGGGCGCCGCCUCCUCGUCACGGCAGCGCAAGGAGCGGAGACAGCGGUUCGACGACGGCAGGCCAGGUGGUGAGACGGAGGAGACGCCCCGCAGCCACCGCGCGCUGCAGAAGAGCCCGAUGACGCCGAGCUCGGCCCUGGCGCGCGACAAGACGCCGACCGGCCUGCCCAUGGGCAAGGACAAGACGACGAGGAGGAAGAAGCCGUCGUCGCUGGGUGAUCUGGGCGGCGGCGGGGGUGGUGGCGGCAGCGGCAGUGGGGGCGGCACGGCCUUGGUCGUGUACGGCGACGACGAGAGUGAUUCCGACUCGACGCAGGGGGCGUGA